AACGCAAGUUUACGUAGAUAUUCUGACACAAGUGGCUGUGUGCCGCGCUUGUGAAAAUUAAUGUAAUCUUGCGAUGAGUUUUCCGAUGAAAAGUAUCGCGCGAAAUGCGUAUUUAUUAUUAAAUUGUCGAUGUUAUGGUUGAACAAGUACGCCGAGCGCUGUCAACGAACUAGCCUCAAGAUCCACCAUCUUUGGCAGCGGAAGUAGCGGCGGAUGUCACCGCAAUGGAUAAUCCAUCGUAUUUCGCGUUUCCGGAUAAAGAUGUCACUGAUAACCCAACCCAAGGAAGUGCUGCUGAGCAAUUUUCGCGCUCAGCACCAGCAAGAUCCUGGGCUGAUGGGUCGCGACCUCUGAGUUCGCCACGGAGAAAGGAGCCUGAAAGUCCGCGAAGGAAAGAGUUCAGAGCGUUGUUAAGGACCCUGUCUGCGAAAGAACCAGAAAAGGCGGAAGGAUUUCUUAAAGGGCAACCCAGACCGGGGGAUUGUGCGCCCGGUGAUAUGAGGCAUACAUUCACUUCUCCGAGAAUUAAAAAGGGGAAAAUAAGCACGACUUUGGUAACAUCGGAAGGCACGAAAGAGCAUGAAGAAGUGUUCUACACAAUACCUCUCCAAGGCAGGAGACGGCACUCAGUUGGAGGAUAUCUGGCCACCGAGGGGAGUGGUGUCGGUGAAGUGACGGCUGUCCCAAGUGAGAUGCCCAAGAUGCCGCCGCCGAGGAUCAACAGUCACGAAGAUGAAGUCAGGAGGAGACGACCAAGAAACUUCUCUUUUAAAGAAAUGGAAGACAUAGCAAUCGUUUGGAGUUCUGGUUCGCCGGAAAGCUUGAUGUGGUCGAAGUACCUGGUUGCGAGCUUUGACAAGAUUAUGUCCCAAAGAGCCAGGCACCAUUAUAGGGUGACGCCAAUCACUGCGGAAGAACUAAUGUCUGCAGAUUCCCAGGAUAAGCUGGAUAAACUCGCGAAAGCUCAGCUGCAGAUAGUGAUCAUGUGUCCAAUCUUGAUCCACAAAAUGAGUGAGCUGAAACAAGAGCUUGCUUGUGAUAAUUUCUUCAAAGCCGAAAAAAUUCUAGUCAUGCUGCUAGGUGUCGAAAGAAAUAAUGUUUUGGCCCUGAAUUCUGAAGAUUAUCCGACUAUAGACCAAUGGCAAAUGAUGUCGGUCCGAGAGGACGAUACCUCGUUUGUGGACACAUUCCUGACCUCUGCUGUGGGAAUACUUCGAACCAAAGAUUGCAAGGACACCGCUACUGACAAGACCAGUUUUUCCAUCGUGCCCAAGAAGGUUAAAAUUGGUCAGAGCAGGGUGAUAGCAUUACUCAACGAUCCAAUUAGGGAAGAGGACAGUAUAAAGAUAAUGGUGGACAAAAAAGGCGAAGUCAUACAGAUACCUGCGUUCAAGAAACGAAACCCAUAUACGUUACAGUUUGAUAUCCCAGAAUCUUGUUUGGAGGUGUCGAUGCUGGUGUGGGUCCGCGUUAGUAAGAACGGUCAGUCUUUGGGCCGGAGACAAAUCAAAUGUGAGAGUAGACUAAGAGAACUGGAUCAACUUCUCCGAGCCUCUGACCAUCCGCUGGAGUUUAUGUGCCAGACGUUGGGCUUCAAAACCACUAGCAAAGAACAGCUGGACAGCUGGAUGCUUAAUGCAUUCCAGAAGAACAUUCCACCUCACUUCAACCUGCUGUCUUCAACCGAACAGUAUAACCCUAAAGCUGACGUAUCAAGUGGCGAGGAGUAUCCGACACUGCUGCACUGGGCCGCCCGGUUUGGUCUGGAGCGCGUGUGCUGGCAACUGCUGGAGUGUCCCGGUGGAGCGGCAGCCCUGGCGCUUCGCAACCAUCGCCACCGCACACCUGCAGACCUGGCUCGAGACUACAAGCAUUACAAGCUAGCCGACAUGCUCGCUGACCAUCUCAAAAUUAACGAAUUUUCAAAUAUGUAUUACUAUCUCAAGAACAUGUCUGAUGACAAUAAUGGCAAAGAUGAAGAUCAAGACGGAGAAAAUGUUGUUGACAAUGAGUUACGUAUUGUAGAGUCAUCAGACACAGUCGAUUCACCCACACGAGAAAAUGCAAAGAAAUCAGACGUUGACUUUAUCACUGAUCCGUUUAGCGAAGCAUGCACGCAAAGUUUGGAAGAAAAUCUAGACAAGAUGGAUAUUAAAUCUAAGAAACAACGGCCUAGCCUACAGAUACCUAAAGCAGAACAAUUAUACCAAAACGAUUUUCAACUUAGAGAGACUGAAAAUAGAAUUCAAAUAGCUAUCGAUCAUGACUAUAUAAUACAUCCAUCUAAUAUAAAAGUUGAAAGUCCUAAGUUCCGACCGAACAACCUGUAUGCAAACAGUUCAAGGCUUUUCGCACACCAGUCAGAUAUAUUCCUAUAUUCUCCCACCGAAGAAACCAAAGCAUUUAUAAUAGAAACACCGACAUCUGAUAUAAGUCAGAUAAAUUUGAACACCAAAGAUAAUCGUAACAGUGGAAAUUCAGUUAAAUCAGGAAAAGACGCAACCGGACAAGAUGAACUCGCUGAAAUCAUAAAUGACUUCAAGAACAAUGUGUUCACGAUUUCUGAAGUUGAAAAGUUAGUCAUGGAAUGGAAGCAUCGAAAUGAAACACAACAGUCUAUGAAAGAAAAACAGGAGCAGUUAAAUAAAAUGCGUGAAGAAUAUGAUAAAAUCCAACAGAAAAUCAAAGAUAAUUUGAAAAGACCAACACCGUUUGAGAGGGUCAAGAAAAUAUUUUCAAAGAAUAAGAAUAAACAUCCCGACAAUAACACAGGAACCAUCGAGAAACGGAACGGUAAUACCAGACCCAACAGCAGUCUUAGCGACAGUUCAUCAUCGUCGGGUCGUCUCAGCACAGUGAGCGGUGGAAGUGUUGGUGAGACCAACAGCGUGCAGUCGGAACACGACGAUAAGGCUAGAUCUAUUAUAUCUUCGAGCACGCUAACUAUGAAUUCCACUUGUGACGGCGACAGCAGACUCGACGAUUAUUUAAUCCCGCCCCCGCCGCGUCCGGUCAACGGAUGUCCUCAAUUCACAACAUUUGGACAUCCCAAACACGACAAUAGAGGUCAACACAUGGCUACAAUAGUCGAGAGGGAGACUUCGGCGUCACGCGAGCGACUCGACUUCGAUUCCGACUCGACUCAUUUACGAAUGAAUUUCGGCGCGCGCGAGCGUUCGGCGUUACGAUGUGACGAUAGAGACGGGGCCCACUUGUAUAUGAAUAUAUCGGCUACUAACCCUUAGGUUAUAUUAUAAAGAAGUAUGAAACAAAGAUGACAAACUAUCAUGGUGUUAAUAUGUUAUGGGAUGUGAACAAGUUUGUAAGCUUCAACGCUGUUCUGAACGUUAUGACAAAAUGAUGGGCGUAAAAAAACCUAAAGUCAGCUCAAAAGCUAAAAUAAUUUAUACGUCUAGAUAAAGCCUCUUAAUGUUAGGCAACGGAUGAAAACAGGCCGGAUUUAUUGGUUUAGUGUGCGUGAUUUACGUCUUACACUCACGAUUUGUAUGUCACUUUGUAUACGUGCGCGUGCAUUAGUCAAAAUAGUGGUUAACUGGCAAAUUCAAUUUUUUCGUUGUUUCCAUGAUGAACGUAUAAAGCAUCUAAUGCGUAAAGUUAAUUCGUGUGCUGUUCUCAAUCACUAGGUAUACUUAUUAGGAUUGUUUUAAAUAAAAUACUCGCGUACCAUUUUUUUAAAUCAAAAUACACCCUAUGAUAUGCGUUUAUACAUAAACUUAGAAUUUGCUAUCGUAUAGAAUGACCUAGCAGCGUGAUCAAUUUUGGUUUUUUACAGCUGAAAUUAAGCUGAGCUUAAGCUAAAACAGCCCUCAGCUAAGUUUUACGUAAGUAAAAUCAGAGCAAAGUCUUAAUACGCUCCAUAAAUCUCAUCUUAGACUCUUGAUUGGGUCAUCCUGCAUGUCGGUUCAUCUUUUUAUUCCAACCAGCCCAGUUCACCCCAAAGAGCUUCAGUUUCUAUUCCCGACUGCUUCUGGCAUCCGGGAACGAUACUGGAGACCGGAGGAUUUGAGCCCAUUCUUCAGAAACGCUCAUGCACUCUGUGUUAUUCAUUCAUAUAACAAUCACUCACUCAAUAAUUACUUGUCUGAGACAGGCAGAGCUUGCAGACCUCCGUCUUCCUCUUAUUCCUUUGCCCUGACUUCACUCUUAGGCAUUCUUUUAUGUCAAAUACUUAUUCGUAAAAUGAAUUUUAAGACAACAAGUGAACCUAUGUGGCAUCGCUGCAUAUUGUAUUUUUUAAAAAUCCCUCUUCCACGUAGGUACAUGAAAACCACAUGAGUGACUUGACUUACUAUUAGUGUUGAUACACUAAUAGUAAGUCAACUCCUUUCUGCCGCUAAAUACCUACAAGGAUAUCUCAAAGUCUAGUGGCUAAAAAAAAGCAUAGAUUGGCUCAAAAAACUUGCUAUGAGAUAUUGACUUACAAUCAUUCAAGCACAGGUGAUGCGAAUAUUUAAAGUAUAAAAGUACUAAUUUGAUUUAAAAAAAAUCACUUAAUAUCAAAAUCGUAUUGUGGCAUAAUGAGAACACCAAAUAGAUUUCAUGUCCGUGACAUGCCUAAAUACAAGUACCGAUACGCAAUCUAGCAAACCGGUAUCUUUCACACCACAUCCCCAUGUUGCUUUGUGUAAUAGCCGAGUUAUGACAAAACUGUGGUUUAGUCCCCUUCUAUCAGGUAAAUCCAGUGCCGGAUUACCCAUUAAGCAAGAGUAGCAUUUACUAGGGGCCCCGCGCGAAAUGAGGCCCCGCAUAUUUAACCCACUCAUCUCUGCCUGAGCGUAAAUUUUUGAAUGAAACUUAUUAAGUAGAGUUAGUAUGUGUUAUAUUGAAUUUACUUGAUGUCACAGAAAUGUGAAACUUAGACAAGUCAGAUACUCGGUAGCCGACUAUUUCCAAUAUAUCUAGUAGUAUAUUAUAAACCACUAAUAUGACAAUAUUAUUGUAGAUUUUAGAAUAAAAUUGUUAAAGUUUUAAAACCUAGUUAAAAUUAUGAAAAUGCUGUGGUAACUUAUAAUUGAAUUAACUCGUAUUCAUAUUAUUACUACCUAUAUAUGUGUGCACGUAAAGAGAGUAAUUUGUUAGUUGCCCUAAUGAAUAAAUAAAAUAUAGAUCGUCUCUUUGAAAGAAUUUGCUACGGGGCCCCGCGGUUGCAUAAUCCGGCACUGGGCUAUAGAUCCGUAGCUUCAUUAUUCUAAUUCCACAAUAACAGCAUUUGUCAUCAUUGUUUAAUUCAUCCAUAUUGAAAUCGAUAAAACAACAUUCUACAAGACUGAAUAAAAUUUGGAGUUACUUUUUUUUGUAAAUAUUGUAAAUAUUUAUUUUCUAUUCAAUAGCUAAAUACGAAUACAGCUACAUUAUUUAUUUGAUAACUGUAAAGGUACAAAAAUAUUCUUAAGUUAGUUUAAAUUUGAUGUGUAUGUACCUACCCUAUAAUUUAGGAGUUCGUCUCCUACGUAUAAUUUAGAACUAAGAUUUUAUAAAUACUUUUAUAUUUAUAACUUUCCGAACAAUGCAUUUAUAUGAUACAAUAAAUGUUUAAUGUAUA